GUCAGCAAGCAGCGAAACAACAAAUUCAAAUCUCUCUCUCUCUCUCUCUCUCUCUCUCUUAAAAACAAUCGCAAUGUCGAUCUCCAGAAGUACCAUAGUUGUAUUGGUCGUGGCGACACUCCUGAUCUCUUCCGUGGUGGCUGCUCAGUCUCCUGCUCCAGCUCCAUCCAGCGGCGGAGGAAGACGUAAUAUUAUCUCUCCAUCUUCGUCCAAAACACCGACUCCUAAAUCAUCCGCAUUGCCGCCUCAAGCUGAAUCUCCUUCAAUCGAUACUUCAGCACUCAGUCCGUCUUCCAUCUCUGAUUCGCCGUCAGAAGCUCCUGCUCCAGCAUUGGGCAGCAACGCCGCUUCCAACAGAUACACAGUUUUUGGUGCAUCCGUCGCUGUUUUCCUAUGCGCUG